UUUUCACGUCGUGACGUAGCAGGUGACACGUCGUUACGUCUGUCCAGCAGCUUUUGGUCCUGCUUGCUAACCUGACUGAGUGUUCGGCUGGGUUCGGUUAUUUACCGUCCCUCUGUCCGGUUUAAGCUACAGGAACCCGUCCGAUCAGAGCAGACAGUUAAUCAGCUGGAGAAACACUGAACGGUCAACACGUCACUUCCGCUCAGACUCAACGUGAUGGUCGCUCCGUGUCCAGCUGCAGGAUGAACAUCGGGUCCAAAAGCAAGAAGCGAGUUGUUCUGCCGAGCCGCCCCGAACCUCCCAGUGUGGAGCAGAUCCUGGAGGACAUCAACAGAGCCGCUCCAGACGACCCGGUCUUCAGCAUCCUGGAGCAGACUGGACCAGACUCACGGCCUGCAGAGAGCGACCUGGAGUCGAGGUUCCAGCAGUGCCGUCGGUACCUGGAGCUGAACGAGCGGCUGCAGGAGGCUCGCGGUCAGCUGCUGCAGCAGAGGGAGGAGCUGCGAGCGGCGGGAGAGCAGCUGGACAAAGUGGUGGCUGAGGUCAAAGGUCAAACUCUCUGACUCUACACCUCUUCUGACAGACUCUUCUUCUCUGCUGGACGCUCUCAGUUCCUGAGGACGUGCUGACGCUUCUCAGACUUAGCUGGAUCAGAUCAAACCUGCCAGAGUGCCCUUGAGCCAGGCCCUGGUGGAGCCUCAGGAUCCACAGUGAUGGCCGACCUCUGACCCCACAGCUGACAAUGUUCUGAUGUUAGAGGAGAUGUGAGGUUUGUACUGAUGGUGAAUUAAUACAGCUGACAGAUGCUCACAUUAUUAACUGGCAGUUUACUUUUCAAUCAUUCAUCAAUAUAUUAAUGUAUCAAUAUGUAAAUAUCAGCUGUGAUGAUACAUGUGCAUGUUUGUCUUGGACAUCAGUCACUAAAACUGUUAAAUCUAAUAAAAUGAGGGAAAGAACACAA